GCGAAUCUCGCGAGAAUUGGUCACCACGCAUACGACCUUUGACACAGUUUCUUCUCUGCAGCAUUGAGGAGCAAGGCAACGAGAAGGGUCCAAGAUGAACAGAGCUUUAAACAGAACGAGUCUGAAACAGUUGACCGGCUUCCUUCAGAGGUUUCAGAGCACCUUGGUGAUUGCAGAGCACAACAAUGAAAAGCUGACCCCUAUCACUCUGAAUGCCAUCACAGCUGCUAGUAAGCUGGGUGGAGAGGUAUCUUGUCUGGUUGCUGGAACAGACUGUGCAAAGGUUGCAGAAGAAAUUAGCAAGGUACACGGUGUAAAGAAAGUUCUGGUUGCCCAACAUGCGUCAUACAAAGGUUCCCUUCCAGAGGAGUUGACCCCACUUGUCCUGGCAACACAAAAGCAGUUCAAUUACACCCACAUUUGUGCUGGAGCUUCUGCCUUUGGAAAGAAUCUGCUUCCCAGAGUGGCGGCUAAGUUGGAUGUUGCUCCAGUUUCAGACAUUAUUGAGAUCAAGUCUCCAGACACUUUUGUCAGAACCAUAUAUGCAGGAAAUGCUCUCAGCACGGUGAAAUGUAACGAGCCGAUCAAGGUCUUUACUGUCAGAGGGACAUCCUUUGAGGCAGCUUCAACAGAGGGAGGAAGUGCUGCAACAGAAGAAGUUGCUGUAUCUGCUACCACUGGAGUUUCUGAGUGGCUUGAACAGAGUCUGACAAAGAGUGACCGUCCAGAGCUGACCAGUGCUAAGGUUGUGGUGUCAGGAGGAAGAGGCUUGAAGAGUGGAGAAAACUUUAAGCUGCUGUAUGACCUUGCUGACAAGCUGAAUGCUGCAGUUGGUGCAUCUAGAGCUGCAGUGGAUGCUGGGUAUGUCCCAAAUGACAUGCAGGUUGGACAGACAGGCAAAAUUGUAGCACCGGAGUUGUACAUUGCAGUUGGUAUCUCAGGAGCAAUUCAACACCUGGCUGGAAUGAAAGACAGCAAGACUAUUGUUGCCAUCAACAAGGACCCAGAAGCUCCAAUCUUCCAGGUGGCUGAUUAUGGUUUGGUGGCAGAUCUUUUCAAGGCUGUACCUGAGAUGACCGAGGCGCUGAGCAAGUAAAGACAAACAUGAGAACCUGGGCUGGCAAGAUGAAGCACCAGAGAGCCACCGUAGGAUACCAUGGCUAAUGCCUUAACAUACUGUAACGCUGUGGACUUUGAUGUACUUCGUUUGCAAAUGAUUUUUAAUAUCUCUGACUGGAAACAGGAGCCCAUUCUUUUACUAGAAGUAAAUGCCACAGGCUGCUAUUUGGCCUACAGUAGUACUGGUUGUAAUUUUUGAAUUUUCUGGUGCAGUAAAGAACAUCUGCGGUAAUGCCUGCCUUGUCCCCUGAUUUCUAAUUUUUUGACACAAUUGACUGUAAGAUGUAGAUCUUUGUGUUAAUCUGGAGAAUUUUAACUUCUUGAGAUGCUUUUUGGAAAGCCAUGUAUUAAAUUCACAACCCAUAA